AUGAGUGAAGGUAAUAUGAAUGAAGGUAGUAUGAAUGAAGGAAAUACGAACGAAGGUACUAUGAAUGAAGGUAAUAUGAAUGAAGGUUGUAUGAAUGAAGGUUGUAUGAAUGAAGGUAAUAUGAAUGAAGGUUGUAUGAAUGAAGGUAAUAUGAAUGAAGGUUGUAUGAAUGAAGGUUGUAUGAAUGAAGGCUGUAUGAAUGAAGGUAAUAUGAAUGAAGGUAAUAUGAAUGAAGGUUGUAUGAAUGAAGGUAAUAUGAAUGAAGGUAAUAUGAAUGAAGGUUGUAUGAAUGAAGGUAAUAUGAAUGAAGGUAAUAUGAAUGAAGGUUGUAUGAAUGAAGGUAAUAUGAAUGAAGGUUGUAUGAAUGAAGGUAAUAUGAAUGAAGGUUGUAUGAAUGAAGGUAAUAUGAAUGAAAGUUGUAUGAAUGAAGGUAAUAUGAAUGAAGGUUGUAUGAAUGCAGGUAAUAUGAAUGAAGGUUGUAUGAAUGAAGGUUGUAUGAAUGAAGGUUGUAUGAAUGAAGGUUGUAUGAAUGAAGGUAGUAUGAAUGAAGGUAAUAUGAAUGAAGGUUGUAUGAAUGAAGGUAAUAUGAAUGAAGGUUGUAUGGAUGAAGGCGCAGUGUUUGAAACUCGCGCGUCAAUCGGGUUCCGUAGUAUGAGUGAGGGUAAUAUGAGUGAAGGUAAUAUGAAUGAAGGUUGUAUGAAUGAAGGUUGUAUGAAUGAAGGUUGUAUGAAUGAAGGUUGUAUGAAUGAAGGUUGUAUGAAUGAAGGUAAUAUGAAUGAAGGUUGUAUGAAUGAAGGUAAUAUGAAUGAAGGUUGUAUGAAUGAAGGUAAUAUGAAUGAAGGUAAUAUACUAAUAUGA